AAGAACCUAAAAAAAGAUUUUAUAUAUCCUAGCUUAUCUCUAGCUACUUCUUCUAUCUUAUUUAUUAAUAAACCUAGAGAUAGCCUCUGCCUAUAUAUAAAUUACCAAGAACUAAAUAUUAUAUUAGUUAAGGAUUACUAUUUAUUACUCCUAAUUAAAGAAACCCUA